CCGUAGUUCAACGGCGUCACAUCCUCUUCCCUUUUCAUUUAGGGGCCUGCAAGAAAGGAAAAGAAGACGCAAGCAUCCGAUUGUCGCUGUUUGAGGCGUGCCGCGCUAAGGGAGCGUCUUUAAAGCAGAGCUGGAAGGAUGGCUGCUGCUGACACCAGCCAUGCGCAGCGUGUCCUUUCUUCUCUAAACCAGCAGAGAGCAGUGGGGAGAUUCUGCGACGCCGUGCUUAACUUGGGCAACGGGGCGCUUCACGUGGCUCAUCGCAACAUCCUCGCCUGCUUCAGUGAUCUGUUCGAGGCGUCCGCCCCGAACCCCGCUGCGCACACGGAGCUGUGCCUGCAGGGCUGCCCCAGCGACGGCCUGGAGCUGCUUCUGAACUUUGUCUACACCGGAGAGCUCAAGCUGGAAGCGAACAACCUGCAGCAGGUGCAGCAAGCGGCAACCAGCCUGUGCGUGCCUGAAGCCCUCUCGCUCUGUCGGCAGUUCCAGGUGACCUCUGGUCACCCCGUCCCUUUGAAACGGAAAAGAGGUCGACCCAAAAAGCGCCCGACGGACGCCGUGAAGGAGGAGAACGCUGUAGCGGCCGCAGCAGGAGAGUCCGGUUUUGAUGCUUCUGCAGCCGGUUUUACCUCGCUGGAUGCUGCUCCCACCACCACACGCUCCGGCCGAGUAGUGAAGGGCCCUAAGAGGCUGGUGACCUCUGGGGCAACCCCCACGUCGGAUCCCAAAGCUGAUCUCGCUCCUGUUGAGGAAGAGACGUGUGACGGCGUGGAGGAGAACCUGACAUCAGAUCAGCCAGCUGCUGAUUCUGAGACGACGGAGCUGAAGACGGACGCGAACGGCCGCGGCGCUGGCCAGGUGGCGGGCGAAGCGGCAGCGGAGGAAGGAGGAGAGGACGACGGCGGGGAUCUGGGAGGUCCUGUCGAGGACACGGACGAGGAGUAUUUACCCCCCGCUGAGUCCAGUUCCACAUCGCUGCCCGCGUCACUGCAACAGAAGCGCAAGGCCCAGAGUAAAACCAACAGCAGCAAGGACGACGACGGCGCAGAGGAGGAGUCCCACAAAGGCUCAACGCAGUGCCCCAUCUGCCUCAAAUCCUUCAAAAGCAAAUAUUACCUCAAAGUCCACAACAGGAGGCACACGGGGGAGAAGCUCUUUGGUUGUUCUCAGUGUGGAAAGAGGUACUUCAGGAAAGAGAAUCUGUCCGUGCACGAGAGCAGACGCUGCGGCCGAGUGCAGUUGCACGUCUGUCCCACGUGUUCCUUGAACUUCAGCACCAAGGAAGAGCUGCGAGUGCAUGUCGUUUCACACACAGGGGAGAUGCCCCACAAGUGUUCAACGUGUAACGAACAGUUCAUGUACAAGAAGAACUUGACGACGCACCUGAUGAAGAUCCACGGACAUCCCAAACCACAUGCGUGUCCACAGUGUCCCAAAACCUUCCUAACUCGGACUGAGCUGCGUGUUCAUGAGGCGGCCAAGCAUCGAGGUGAAAAGCCGUUUGUGUGUGAGGAGUGCGGCCAUCGAGCUUCCAGUCGCAACGGCCUGCAGAUGCACAUCAAAGCCAUCCACAGGAAUGAGCGUCCCUUUGUUUGUAGCAUAUGUGGCCACCCGUUCUCCCAGAAGAACAACCUCAACAUGCAUCUACGAGUGCACAGCGGCGAGAGACCGUACCAGUGUCACCUCUGUGGGAAAACCUUCAGGACGCAAGCGAGUCUGGAUAAGCACCACCGUACGCACACCGGGGAGCGACCCUACGGCUGUGACCUGUGCGAGCAACGCUUCACUGAGAAAGGCUCUCUGCUCCGCCACAAGGCCAGUAAGCACGAAGAGGGCCGACCGCACUGCUGCUACAUCUGCAACAAAACCUUCAAAGCACGGGAGCAACUACUAGUCCAUCUGCGCCGCCACAAGGGCAUGAGGAAGUUUGAAUGUAGCGACUGUGGCUACAAGUUCACCCGACAGGCACAUCUGCGGCGACAUGUCCAGAUCCACAAGCGCACAGAGAACUACAACCCCAGGCAGAGGAAGCUGAGGAACCUCAUCGUUCAGGAGGUCGACGGAGAUCCAGGUGGGAGCGAAGCCCCUGAACCCGGGCCGCCUCAGAUCACAGAGAGCGCCGCGGACCCGGCCGUCUGCCAGGAAGCCACCAGCUCUGACUCGUUACCGGACCUCAGCUCCGGCUGCAUUGUCAGCGUUGUGGUAGAGUCACGGGACGCUGCGGCGGAGGAGGAGGAGGAGGAGGAGGAGGAGGAAGGGUCUGAUCAGGAGAGGGAGCGCAGUGAGGCAGAGGACAGUUUUAAUGUUCUGGAAGAGCUGCAGCAAACUCAGCUGACCAGUGAGACGUACGAGUCCACGAUGGACAUGGAGGAAUGAACUCAUCAUAAUGGAAAGAAGGAUGUGAGCCCCAAAAUCAGAGGAGGUAGAAAAUAAACAGGAGCCACUGUUCA